CGUCCAUCACAGAAUUAAAAGUGAUCAAGCAAACAGUGCCUUGUCAAGUCCUCAUCUCUCUGUCUCAUUCCGUCUCCAUAUGAGCCUACUCCCACUUCUUACCCGACCCUUCAAAAACGACAACUAGGGUUUUUCAAUCCCGAAUUUUGCCGAAUUUCGAGUUCCUCAAUCUCCAUUCACCAUGGAAAAACAGGAAGAGGAAGCUGUGGUGAAUUCGGAGAUGUACAGGCCAUGUCUCCACCACGAGGAGGAAGUGUCUCGGGGUUUUGAUGAUUCUGCUCAAGGAGUUGAGCUAAUGAGCGUCGAUCAAUGCAAGAGUACGAGGGAAAUGGACGAUUCACGGCUCGUCGGAGCUCCGGUGAUCCUUGCUGGAGAUGCCGAGGUGUUGGCAAGACAAAAAGUGCAGGUGCAAAUGGUGGUGGGUUUAGAGGCGGUUAGGAGUGCGGCACCGAGGAACUCGGAGGAGAGUAUAAGGAAGCCUAGACGGGGCCGGCCUCCGAGAAUUCAGAGAAGGUCGACGCCAGCUCAGCCGCCUCCAAGGAGGAGGAGAGAUGAAGAUGAAGAAGAUGUUUGCUUUAUCUGCUUUGAUGGUGGCAGUCUAGUGCUAUGCGAUCGUCGGGGCUGCCCCAAGGCUUACCAUCCGGCUUGUAUUAAGCGGGAUGAAUCUUUCUUUCGAUCAAAGGCUAAAUGGAACUGUGGUUGGCACAUAUGUAGCAGUUGUCAAAAAGCUUCCCAUUAUAUGUGUUAUACUUGUACAUUUUCACUGUGCAAAGUAUGCACAAAAGAUGCUGAUUACUUGUGUGUAAGAGGGAACAAAGGAUUUUGUGGAACAUGCAUACGAACUGUGAUGCUGAUUGAAAAUAUUCCGAUUGGAAAUAAGGAAGCGGUUCAAGUGGAUUUUGAUGACAAAGGUAGCUGGGAGUAUCUCUUCAAGGUUUACUGGAUUUAUGUAAAACAGAAGCUAUCUUUGACUUUAGAGGAGUUGACCAAGGCUAAAAAUCCAUGCAAGACAGUUGUAGCAUUGCCACCUAAGGUAGAAUCUCCAGGUGGAUUUUGUAAUAACAAUGAUGCAAAAGUUUGUAGUUUGGACAACUCCUGCAGAAAUCUGGAGGCAAACAAAUCUACGAAAAGAAAAACCAGGAAUCAUCUCAACCAGGAUUUUGGAGGGUUUGGAAAAUCAGGUGGUGAUGGAGGGAAAUCUUUAUCUGAAGGCGUGCAAUGGGCAACAAAGGAUCUUUUAGAGUUUGUUGCACACAUGAAGAAUGGUGACGGCUCCAUGUUAUCCCAAUUUGAUGUCCAGGCUCUACUGUUAGAAUAUGUAAAGAGAAACAAUCUUCGUGAUCCCUGUCAGAAAAGUCAAAUUAUAUGUGACUCAAGGCUUAUAAAUCUUUUUGGGAAAGAGCGUGUUGGUCAUUUUGAAAUGUUGAAGCUUCUUGAAUAUCACUUUCUUAUAAAAGAAAAUGUCGCAGCAAAUAAAGUUGCUGAUCUGAUCACUGGCAAUGGAGAGGCUGCCGAAAGCAAUGAUAACCAGCUGAUGAUAAAUAAUCAUAGGAAGCGUAAAACACGAAAAAAAUCUGAUGAGCGAGGAGUACAGUCCAAUCCAAAUGAAUACGCAGCAAUUGACGUCCACAACAUUAAUUUGUUAUACUUGAAGCGUAAUCUGAUGGAAAAUCUAAUAGAUGAUGCCGAAAGUUUUCAUAACACAGUUUCUGGCUCCAUUGUGCGGAUAAGAAUUCAUGUUGGUGAUCAAAAGCAAGAUAUGUAUAGGCUUGUCCAAGUUGUAGGCACUAGCAAGGUGGCUGAAUCAUAUAAAGUUGGCACAAGAACGACUGAUGUCAUGUUGGAGAUUUUGAACCUGGACAAGAAAGAGGUUGUAUCCAUAGAUGUAAUUUCUAAUCAGGAGUUCUCGGAGGAUGAGUGUAAACGCUUACGCCAGAGUAUAAAAUGUGGGCUUAUCAAACGAUUGACUGUGGGGGAGAUUCAGAAGAAAGCAAUCGCUUUCCGGGCUGUGAGAGUUAAGGAAUGUCUGGAAGCAGAGGUAUUGAAACUUAAUCAUCUUCGUGAUCGAGCUAGUGAAAAGGGUCACCGGAAAGAGCUUAGAGAAUGUGUGGAGAAAUUAGAGCUUCUAAACUCACUUGAGGAACGUCAGCGUAGGCUUCAUGAGAUUCCUGAAGUCCAUGCUGACCCUAGUAUGAAUCCAAGUUACGAGUCUGAGGAAGAUGAUGGAAAGCCAGACAAAAAGAAACAAGUUGCAGAUGAUCUUGUGCGACUGAGAAAAUCGGUUGUUGCAAGAAAGAUAGUGGAGGAAAAAUCUCCAGGAAGAGGAGGUGGCGUCUUUGACGAUAUAGGAAGUAGGGCACUGAAGAUUUUCGGUACUGCGUACGAUCAAAGUAGAAACACCAGAUUUUAUGUGGAUAAAGAUGGUACCACUCUGGUUCAUGAGCCAGUGCAUGCAUCUACGUUGAAUCAGGGAGGAGAAUCAUUUGGUUCAAAUAAUUGGACUCCGCCAAAGAACCAGGUUGGCCCUGCUAGUUCAGUGACUAGUACUUGGAAUAAUCAAGCUGCACUGCAAUCUGAAAUGCAAUCACGGGGUGCAUCAGAAAGUUCACUACCACCUUGUUCAACAGCGACAGAGCUUUCAGUUCACGACUUUGAAAGAGAGAAAUUGUGGCAUUAUCAGGACCCGGCUGGAAAUAUUCAGGGGCCAUUUUCCAUGUUGCAGCUGCGUAAAUGGAGAAUGAGUGGGCACUUUCCUUCGGAUUUGAGAGUGUGGAGGAUAAAUGAGAAGCAGGAAGACUCUAUACUGUUGUCUGAUGCAUUGGAUGGGCAGAACUCUAAAGUAUCAAUUUGUAACAACCACUUAUUACCUGCGGAUGUAAGAGUUCCAUCUGAUGGUGCGCAUAAAAUUGUGGAUGCUCAGAUGAGUGAAAACACAGAUGCAACUUGGGUAGAUAAUGAAAAGGUUGAGGUGACUUGUAGCUCAAUGCCAAAUGACACAAGCAUCCAUAACAAUAGUGAUAAUGAAUCUGCCUGGAGCAAUAGAUGGGGCUCCCAUUCUUCAAGUUGGACUGGACAUGCACAUCCUGUCAUUUGUAAUCAACAGACUGAAGGCUCCUUAAAGGGCUCGGACUUGCCAAAAGGUAUUGAGUCUAGGGCUGACCAGCCUCAAUCGUGUACCUCACUUCCCUCUUCUACACCUUUUGAGGAGCUUCGCUUGACUCCAUCACUUCAAGUAAGGAAAGGUUGCAAGGAUGAGAAAUGGAAUGCUAGUCAGGAUAGCGUAACUAUAAAUCCACCUAAAACAACUGGCAGUCAAAGCAGUAUUGCAGACGGCAAUUGGAAACAAGCUGACGGUGAGAGCUACUCAGGCCAAGCUUCUUCUGGACAAGGUCAGGGGUGUCCAUCCAUCAACAGUUCUUCAAAUGGAUGGGUUUCUGGCUCUAGUAUUCUUUCUUUGACCAUGUCUCUUGAAAGAUCACAGCAGAAACAGGAAAUUCAUUUCCCUGAUCCGUCGAGUCCCACACCAAAGCACAAUCAAGGAGGGUUGGAAGGUCAGGCUACUGAAAACAAACAAUCUAUGUCCUUAAGUGUUCACGUCCUUGAUUCGGGCCCUCGUUGGAGUGCUACUUCCAGUCUAUUAGGUGGUGAAUUGCAGCUCCCAGAAGUUCCUGUCGAUGGCUUUGGUGGUUCUACUACUCAAACAAAACCUUCUGUUGAAUGGGGUUCCAAUCUUGUGUCUUCAUCUUCUUUGAGACCAGUUGAAGUGGCCAGUGAUUAUGCUUCUACUCCAACAUCUGGAACCGGCCAACCAACACAUUCUUCUGCUGCCCACCUGGCUGAUGUGUCUAGUUGGCAGGCAUUUGUUCCUGAACCUACUGAAUUCUGCUCUUUACCCGGUGAAUCUGUUUCGGAUCUGCUGGCCGAAGUUGAAGCAAUGGAAGCUCUUGGCCGUUUGGGUGGUUCACCUACUUCAAGUAUAAGCUGUGGUGGGGAAUUCAGGGAAUUCUCACGAGGCACUGAAAAUGACUGCUUUAGUCCUGUAGAGGGGUUUAGCCCCAUUCCUGAACAAGGAAAAAGUGAUGCUCUGAGUUCGACUGGCGAUCUGAAAAUUCCUUCUCGUGGCACUGUAGGAGAUGAAUCACUUGGGAAGUGGGAGCAGAUGUGAAGCAUCAUCCUGUGCCAUCCACAUCAGAAGUUAGCUAGGGAACGAUCCUUGGGAGGAAAGGCCCAAGGAAAUGCAAAUGUUGGUUUGGGGAUCAGUAAGGGGACUGGAUGUCUAAACAAUGACGCCAACUCGGCCACUUCUACUGGGAAUGCAAGCAGUUGUGGUAUUCAAUCAUGGCAUGCCACAGAAAGAUUGUCCGCCCCUCUUUUCACAAUUCAGGAUUUGGUAAGGCUAGGAAUUUUUGAUACAGGCAGGCUGCACCCGAUGGUGUAAAUGGAGGAGGCUCAUUCAGAACACUGCCCAAAGGGCAGCGAGUGUGUAAAUUUUAUGAAAGUGGCUAUUGCGAGGGAGCAUCGUGUGUAGUCAUCGGCCCCCGUGAGUUUUGCACUAAACAAGCAAUUGUGUGCAAUUUAGUUUCGUAAUUACUAUUUGUGUCCGAUAGUUUACCAAUUACCAUUGAACUAUGAUUUGUUUACACUCGAGCCACUAGUUGGAGUGGUAAAUAUAGUGUCUAUCAUCUUGGUGAAUAGGGUUCAAAUCUCCCUUUCCCGUUUUUUUUUAAAAAAAAAACUAUGAUUUGUUCUAGAGAAUUAUUUUGAACUAUAAAUACACAUUUGUUUCCCUGGAUGCUCGA